CUCUUCAGUCCCAAGGUCCCAAGAAGGGCGCGAAGAAUCGUAGCGGGGACGGCAAGUCUACAGGGCGACAACCAGACAUACACCCCCAGUAUCAAUGGUUGCCGAGUCAGCAGUGAAGCGCGGUCGGGACGCUGUGAAUGCCGAGCCACACGCAGAACAAGCGGGCGAGGCCCAGAAGAAGAAGAACGGCGGCGUCGUGAGCAAGCGCUGGACGCCCGAGCAGGACGAGGCGCUUAAGAAGGCCGUGGCCGAGGUCGGGCACCGCAACUGGAUGGCUGUGGCCGAACGCGUGCCAGGACGUGACAACGCGCAGUGUUUACAGCGUUGGAACAAGGUUCUAAAGCCUGGAUUAGUCAAAGGUCCCUGGUCAGUUGAGGAGGACGCGAUGCUCAUGGAGAUGAUGCUUAAGGGCUACGACAACUGGCGCCAGGUGUCAAACAGCAUUCCCGGACGAACUGCAAAACAGUGCCGCGAGCGUUGGCGAAACCGAUUGGACCCAAGUAUCAACAAAUCACCAUUUACCGAGGAAGAAGACGAAGCCAUCCAGCAAGCGUACGAGAAAUAUGGCAACCGCUGGACGCAGAUAGCAGAGCUUCUACCAGGACGUACAGAAGACGCUGUAAAACUCCGAUGGAAGGCGCUGAACCCGAACCAGAAGACAUAUACAAAGCUUGGCCGUCCGCGUCUUCUAAACUCGGAUGACGCGCCGCCAGUGUCCACGUCGCCAGUCAGACCCAAUGUGCCAUAUACCGCCCCAGCACAACCUGUGAAGAUGGAAAUGUCGCAUCACCCAGCUCCUGUGAACAACAAUGCUAUCAGCAAUACGACUCAAGUAAAUCUGGAGCCUAUUUUGACGCCUCUGGAAGACGAGACGGACGAAAAAAUGAGCGCGGAGGACGUCAUGAUCCUGAACGAGUUUUUGCGUGGCCACUCGAACAAUUCGCUCGGGAACGGUAGUUUCAAGAGUUUGCUAUCUGCAACCAGUUUGCGUGACUUGGGCGAUGAUAUCGACGCUGCGAUUAUGCGGAUGGAGUCGCAGUCAGGGGCGCACCCGCUGACGGAGUCUACAGUGGAAGACUCGACGGCGUCCAAGCCUCUUCCACUGGGCCGUCCUCCGCACCGAGUGCUUAAUAAGAUGCUGAGUCUUGGAGACACAAAGAGCGCGAGUUUGCGCUCGAUUACGGCAGAUGUGGAGCCCGACGAUACGUGGAUCAACGGAGGCUUGACGCGACGUCUCAGCAGCUUGUCGGUAAACGGAGAAGGUCUUUUCGAGCAGGAACUUGUCGGUGGCAACCAGAAAUCGAGCUCUAUGGACUUGUUCGAGCAGCAACUGGCGUCACUUCAUGAUGCAGGCUCCCUGAUGAGUCUUCCGUUGGAUUUGGGCGAUGAAAGCAAGUCAGAUAGCGCAGUGGCGGCGGCUGCAUACGAUGCAGUGAAUGCUCCUCCUGCCACUUCACAUGGCUCUUUGCAGCGCUUGAUCUUGGAGGAUGAGAUCCCAGUGCACGGUCUAUCGAACCAGACAGCGACGACGGACAAGAAGACGAUGACAGCACAAGAUUUCUACAGUAGCGCCAUCCCACACGACCAACUGUCGACAGCACACCGCUUUGAGAUCUAG